GUAUCAGAAUUCACAAAGGACGGAAGUUGAGGGGAGCGAGUCAGACUGAGACUGCGUCCUACCACCACCUUCGUCUUCGGAUUCCUAUAAAUACUCCUCCCCUCCUUUCGACUAUAUACUCGUUCCAUUUGGAUCUUUUUUUUAUCUUUCUUUCUCUCUUCGUUGUUUCCCUUUCUUCUUCGCGUUCCUCGUUCAAGAGAAAGAGAGAAAGAAAUGGAUACCUUCCUCUUCACAUCUGAAUCUGUCAAUGAGGGUCACCCUGACAAGCUUUGUGACCAAGUCUCUGAUGCCAUCCUUGAUGCCUGUCUAGAACAAGACCCCGACAGCAAGGUUGCCUGUGAGACCUGCACCAAGACCAACAUGGUCAUGGUGUUCGGUGAGAUCACCACCAAGGCCAAGGUCAACUAUGAGAAGAUUGUCCGUGACACUUGCAGAGGCAUUGGGUUUGUGUCGGCCGAUGUAGGUCUUGAUGCUGACAAGUGCAAAGUUCUUGUUAACAUCGAGCAGCAGAGCCCUGACAUUGCCCAGGGUGUCCACGGUCACCUCACAAAGAAGCCUGAGGAAAUAGGAGCUGGUGACCAAGGUCACAUGUUCGGCUAUGCAACAGACGAGACUCCUGAGUUGAUGCCACUCACCCAUGUCCUUGCCACCAAGCUUGGUGCUAAGCUCACUGAAGUGCGGAAGAAUGGAACUUGCCCAUGGCUGAGGCCUGAUGGCAAGACCCAGGUAACCGUGGAGUAUAGAAAUGAAGGUGGUGCCAUGAUUCCUCUUAGGGUCCAUACUGUGCUCAUCUCUACUCAACAUGACGAGACUGUGACUAACGAUCAGAUUGCAAAGGAUCUGAAGGAGCAUGUAAUCAAGCCAGUUAUCCCUUCCCAGUAUCUUGAUGACAAGACCAUUUUCCACCUUAACCCAUCAGGUCGCUUUGUCAUUGGUGGACCCCAUGGUGAUGCUGGGCUCACUGGCCGGAAGAUCAUCAUUGACACCUAUGGUGGAUGGGGUGCUCAUGGUGGAGGUGCUUUCUCAGGGAAGGAUCCAACAAAGGUGGACCGCAGUGGUGCUUACAUUGUUAGGCAGGCUGCCAAGAGUGUGGUGGCAUCAGGGCUUGCUCGUCGCUGCAUUGUGCAGGUUUCUUAUGCAAUUGGUGUGCCUGAGCCAUUAUCUGUGUUCGUGGACACAUACAAGACCGGGAAGAUUCCAGACAAAGAUAUAUUGGCUUUGAUCAAGGAGAACUUUGACUUUAGGCCAGGAAUGAUUGCAAUUAACCUAGACCUUAAAAGAGGAGGCAACUUCAGGUACCAGAAGACUGCAGCCUAUGGGCAUUUUGGUCGUGAUGACCCAGAUUUCACUUGGGAGACUGUCAAGCUUCUCAAGUACGAAAAAGCUUGAGUUGCCAUGAUUGUGGUUCAACUACCCCUCUUCUCUGAGGGAACAAGAUUGGAGCAUCUAUGCAUACAUUUAGUAUGGAGUUAAUUUUCAAGGAUCCAGACUCUACACUCUAGAGCAGUUAGUGCACGAGGAACUGCAGCUCAGUAGUAGUUGAUUUAGAGGACCUAUAGAAUUCACUGCAUCUGUCUUCUGUCUUUGUCCUUGCUUUGGGAAGUAAAUUUUUUUUUUCUUUUUUUCCGCCAAAACAUUUAGGGUCGUUGGGGCUUUUGGGAGCUCUCUCUCUUAUAAUUGAUCAAUUUUCAAUAGAAAAAAAUUGCAUGCAUCAUUGUCUUCCUCAUGGGAAGCUAUUGAAGCAUGAAGUUAUCCGCAUUGUUUUCUUUUUA